AUGCUCCUUCUUGUGCUCGCGCUUUUACUUCUCCCAUCAGCGCAUGCCUUGGCUCUCAAUCUUUGCUCGCGAACCAACUUGGGGCUAGAUAAGACAUCUAGCCUAUACAUGCUGAAUGGCUUGUGCAAAACCACUUGUAGCGGGCAAGGGUACGCCGUGGCCAUCACCCAAGAUCAAGAUUGCUGGUGCGCCAACGAUGUUCCCGAAGAUACCGUUUCCUUGGACGAAUGCAACACAGGAUGUCCCGGAUACAAGGACCAGGAGCAAUGUGGGGGAGACGGGGUAUACGGAUAUGUGGUGCUCCAGACUCCAAGCAGCACCAUUGGCACGAGCGCCAGUGGGCAGAACAGUGCCAGCAGCUUGAUAGCAAGCCUGCAACCUGCCAGUGCAUCAAGUUCCGCUUUUAGUCUCAGUGCUAGCUCAGCUGCUCGUUCGAUCAGCGAAUCAAGUGCAACUUCUACUUCUACUAGUUCUAGUUCAAGCUCUAGUACAAGCUCUAGUACAAGUUCUAGUUUUACUUCUAGUUCAAGUUCCAGCUCUUUCACAAAGUCCAGUUCGAGCUCGAGUUCAAGUUCAAGCUCGAGUUCAAGUUCAAGCUCGAGUUCGACCGCAAGCUCCUCGACAGAAUCCAGUCCAAGUUCAAGUCCAAGCCCAAGCUCUAGUUCCGACCCCACUUCAAGUUCGGCUUCAAGUUCCACCCCCUCGCCGAUCAUCUCCAUGAGCGUUCUCACAAUCGUCGUUACAACCAACGGCGCUUCUGUGUCCACUCGAUACAUCACCCAACUGGCGUCGCAGCUGGCUCUGCUGACAGCACACCUGGGCUCCAAAUCAUUUUUCGACUCCUCCGGGAAAGUUGCUGGAACAUUCACAGCAGUCGGCAUUGUUGUUGUGGGUCUCAUAUCCGGUCUCUUGUAUUGUUGUUGCUUUACCCACAGGAAAGAUGACGAAGAAAAUCAAUACAGUCUGGACGAAUUGGACGAUAUGGAUAUGUCGAAUAAGAACAGACUUUCAAGCAUAUACGCUUCCAAGCCACCGCUGCGCACCUCCAGCACAUUGAAUCGGAAUAGCUCUGCCAAAUCCAUGCUUUCCUUCUUAAGUCCUGCGCUUGUGGGAGGUGCCGAUACCCGAAGUCCUUCGAAAAAGCGUAUUAAUCCUACAACAACCGACACAAAUCCACCUAUGUUCCCCAUUCUGGAGUUUGACUCCCGUUUGGACCCACACUCGAUGUUUGAGCACAAGGUGUCUUUGUCGGACGAGAACGAUUACUCACGCCGCAUAUUGCAUAUCACAAACCCGGAAUAG